ACGUUCGCAAAGGGACCCUCUCCCAGGGUGUGGACAUCUUUGAAUAGAGGAAAAUAAUGACAGCGAUGGAAUAUGGUGGCAUAAUAGGGUAGUUCCAUUGCACAGAGCAUAGCUGGCACCCCUGUAGCAGUGGGCACAGGGUGGCAGAGGGGUGAUGGGGGGUCGGCUGAGCAGACAGAGCAGUCUGGAAGAUGACCAGGAGGACGUAAUGGACUUGGGGCCCCUGAGAGGGGAACCUACAGGCUCUCGAAGUGCUGAUUUCACAUCGCUGAUCCUGAACUCAGAGAGGAUCCCCGGGGUGUUAAGAAAGAACAAACCGGCUCCGUAUGUAAGGAGGGCAGAAUGGAUACGGGACAUUCAGGCGUUACUCCGGGACCACAAGCAGGAACGGGCUGUGCAUAUCCUCAAACUGCUCCGCAAGGACCUGGGCGUGGAGGGCACAUUCCUCAAUGAUAUCCUAUAUAGACAUGGCACCUUCCUCAACCUGGUGGACCCCAUCUCCCAUGAACUGCUGCUUAGCUUGGCCAGGGAGCUACAGUGUCCUAGGAAGGACCAUGAUCCAAUGAAGUCCACAGACCGUAUUUGCCGGCAACUUCUUUACCACCUGACCCCACAUUCCAAAUGGCAUAGGCACAGUCUACCUCGGAGGAAAAGCAUGGCAUGUCUAAAAAGCAGCUUGCAGCAGAAUUCAAAAAUAGAGACCCUGGAUCUCUCUGGUAUCACCUUGUCAUCCAGAGAUAUGCAGCGCGUAAUACUGUACUUGCAAGGCCACGCAGACAGCCUAACAAGUGUGGACCUAAGCUUUGCUGACCUCACAGACAUCACCUUGGCACAGGCCAUGCCUGCUCUUGCAGUCCUCCCCAAUCUUACGCACCUUGCACUCAAUGGAAACCGGCUUACUUGUGCCACCUUGAAGGAGCUUAGCGAAGUCAUGAAAGACAGUACCAACUUUCGUUCAUUGGCCUGGGUGGACCUGGGCAACAAUGUGGACAUUUGUUCAAUGCCUCAGCCUUUGCUUUUAGGAUUGAGGCGCCGCCUGUGCCAACAGAAUCUGCUUCCCACCAUCCCUGAGGCACAGGACAGUGACUUGUCAGAAGGAGUUUCCAUGUCUUUCCCACUGCCUUGGGACAGGUGAGGUCCCUCAAUGUCAUUAGCACAGAGAGAGGGACCGAACCACCCCUCCUCACACCAGUGUUGAUCCCAUCUAACAUAAGCAGAGAUUGGAUGUCACACUCACUGUGCAAUAGGUAGUAUAUUUUCAGCCAAGGAGGGGGGGUACCAGAUAAAGGUACCCCAUAGCCCCACUCAUCUUCACCCACUGGGUGGGGAGCCCGGAGGCAAGGCAGCCCAUCACAGCUCAGCACCGGCCUCAUCACUGCGUGUUCUGUGGAUUAAUCCCCAAACAAAAGAGGCCAGUGAUUGCAGCCGGGCAGGGACAGAACUGCAGUGUCAGGAAAAGCGGAAAGGG